GGCGGUUUCAAAAUUUUUAGUUGUCAAAUUAAAGGCUGAAGGAAAGAGAAAAUCCAUUUUGUUUUCUGGAUAAUUUAUCAAAAGUUGUUAAUAUUACAGUUCUAAUAAAUGCGUGAAACAAUCGCAACGUCACAGAAAAUGGAGCAGGUUCUCCAGAUCUUCCCCCCAGCGGAAUUGAAGUUCCGGGGGCCUUUCAAUGUACCAGUUACUUCCUAUAUGAAAUUGACCAACCCUACUGACAUGAAAGUUAUCUUCAAAAUCAAAACCACCGCGCCGAAAAUGUACUGCGUUAGACCGAAUUCGGGGACCAUUGAAGGUAACCACUAGAUAAUACAUAACAUAAACCUCUUUUCACUAUAGAGGGUAAUGGAUCAGUGGAGGUGGCUGUCUGCCUACAACCUUUCCUCUUCAACCCAGAAGAAAAAAACAAACACAAAUUCAUGGUCCAAUCAGCAUUUGCACCAGAAGGAGACUUCAAUAUUGAGACUGUAUGGAGAGAAUUAGAUGCAGAUAAGCUGAUGGAUUCAAAGUUAAAAUGCUUCUUUGAGCUGCCUCCUGACAACAACAAGACUGCUGAGAGUGAGAGUGAAAUGGCAGAUAGCACAACUAAUCUUGAGCUAACGAAAGCAGCCCAAGAAGUGCAACAACUAAAAAAUGAGGAAACAUUCCUACGUCAAGAAAAUGUUCAGCUACAUGAAGAACUUGCACAACUCCAUCAACAAUUGCGGAUCACAAACAUCAACAGGUACCAACCUCCAGAGUUGGACCAGGGGAUUCCCAUCAGUCUGUUUGUGGUUGCAUUUGUCAUGAUCAUAGUUGGUGUGGCGUUGGGCAAAUAUGCGAUUUGAGACAUUCACCUGCCUGGGAUUUUGUUUUAUUCAAAAGGACCACAGCAGUCUGAGACAUAAGUCCUUAUCAGGAAGUAAAGGCUUGUAAAUAUGCAAGACUGAUUGUAAAAUCAUCUUUUUGAGUAGUCAGGUGCAGAGCAAUCAAUAACAAAACUUCGUAUUUCUGGUAUAAAAGAAAUGUCUAUUGUUAAAACCCAUUUCCUUCAAGGCUAUCCCACAUUUUUUUAUUAACUAGCAACUUGAAUAACAAAUUGCUUAUUAUUUUAUAACUGAACUUUCACUAAACCAAAAUGAUUUCAACUCUAUUAAAGAUUUUUAUGAUUUUCUUAAACUCCCAAUUUACUACUUGAAAAUAAUAAGAGCCUUUUGUCGAGCAUCUUGGUAUCGGAAUUGUUAGACAAAGUUUCUAGAGUUAUUUUCUGUGCCACACUUAUAUAGUACAAGGUGUUCCAAAAACGUAAGGUACCAGACACAUCUACUUUUGAAAUAGCAAAGCAAAGCAUAAAAAUCGAAGAUAAGUACACACUGGUCAUUCAAAAACACAAGUUCGUUAACUUCUUCAAUUUCCAAUGUUUGGGGCUGUCCUGGUCUACUACUACUGUGAUCACUUCAAAGGCCCUUGUAAGAGAUAAACAAACCUACGCAUUGCAGGGUGGAGCAUCUAGGAAACAAUCUGAGUACACUCAUCAGUCUAUUGAAGACUCUCACUAUAAACUAAUAUCUAAUGUGCCCUUAUAAACAAACAAUUUGGUUUACUUAUUGAGCGAGAGGCGUCUGGAUCUAAUAUUGAUGCACGUCGGAAUCGAAUAACUCUGCUUUAGAGUUUAUGUAUAAAAUUUUAUUCUUACAAUAACUACAAACUGUGUAAAAGAAGGUUCCACGUUCAAGAAAAUCCUGUAUAGUGUUUUAAAUGAGUUUUGUCUUGACAAGAUCAUCUCUACAGUUGUCUUUCGUCUAUCUGUACAAAAAUCAUUUACCAUUAUACUGAAAACUUAUUUUUUCAUUCCAAUCUCAUUAUUAUAGUGCCUUCUUUACAACUUCGAUGCAAAUGGCCAGAAGUAUGCAGGUAAAAGAUUUUAUAUCAUAGUAGUUAUUUUGAAAAGCAGCUGAAAUGGAAUAAUGGAGACAUUGAAGACAUUUUAUGAUUACCCUAUUUAGCUUUUUGUUUUUGAUUUUGUGGGGUGAUAUUUUUUUAUUGGCAUGUAAUAGUCGUUCACGGUGUGUUUUUUUUAAAUUUAGGUAAUAAAACAUUAAUAGAAUAUUUUUGAAAACGUGUUGUUUCACCGAAAUGCAAAAUUUCCAGUUAAGUAGGUCAAUUCUGUACAUUGCAUACUUUUGAAUCACAUCAAUACGUCAUUUUCGACAAAAUUACAUUUAUUUCAAUAUAUUGCUGUACAGGGAGGAUUACAUGAUUACUCUUUUCAAACAAGGUAGCUCAUGAUAUACUUAAAUCUACCCUGUGUGUAUAGUGUUGAUAUGAUAUUAGCUAAUAGGUCGUAUAUAUUAGAAUUAUGAUAUUUGUGAAGAUGUAUUGAAACUUAAUUCUUCUUGAUAUUAAAAUCUAGACAUGUAGAGUAGUUGAGUCAAGGAAGGUUGCACCAUGAAAAUUAAUUGCCGUAUAUUCGUAAUUUGUACUAGUAAUUACACGUCUUCAAAGUGACAUAUUGGCUAUAAAAAACUCUUAUAGUCUCCACUUCGCCAGAAAGACAUUUUCUGUUUGUACUGAGAAUGCAGUAUCAUUCCUACUGUAGAGCCAUCCCAAAUAUUUUAUGCAUUUUUUGUAUUGCUUAUGUCCAACAAAAUAUUUUUACAGUUUCAUAGAUAUGAGGCCACCUAUAAUUUAUUUAUUUUAAAUAGUGCUGCCUAGCAAAGAUGUAGGAUGUGUUCAGUGAAAUACAUGUUUUGGUUCACUUACAAGUAUUUAAUUCCCUGACCGUUGGAGUUUGGAUGGUAUUUAAAUUUUUUACAUAAUCAACUCACUGCGUGUUUGCACACAACCUGUUUUGCUGUCAGUAUUUUUUAUUUUACCUUAACGAAAUAUUUUGAAGGCAAUCAAACUCGAGUUUAUAACUUUUGAUAACUGUAGAUAUUUGUAUAUUAAAUGUGUGUUCUUAACCAUUACACCUUUCAUUAAAUGUUUGUAUUCAAAUUGUAUUAAUAAAUUGUGUAUAGCAUUUAAAA